AUGUGUCGAGUUGCCUGUGUGGUCUACCUCAUGGGCAAGUUGCGCUCGAUCUUCCGGCCCUUUUUAUGGGCACUUUUCCUGGUCAUGGUGCUGACCCCGGCAGUGUCGUCGGUGGAAAGUGUGUUGCUGUGCUGUGGCCAUGCCCUGUGCCGUUGCAUCGGGGCGUGCUGCUCGGCAGUGGUCUUCACGUUGAGAUGCCUCCUAUGCAUGAGUCGCCGGUCACGUCAGACUGAGCGCCAGGGAGGCGGGGGGGUCCAAGAGACCGUGUGGAGCACGGACACGAUGGGCGGAGCGGUGCACGCCCGGCCGGCCACGACCCUCCCCGAGGACUGGCGAGGCUUAAUCGCCGAAGCGCGCCGGACGGGGGAGCCCAAAGUGUUGGCCCCUGCUUCCGGAUGCUGCUCCACGGGGUGGCCAUCGCCAUUGUGGUGGCUCUUGUGGUGUGUGCUGUGA